AUGCGAUGCGCGAGCAAGGCCGCCGAGAGCGCUUCCGCACGUCUCUGUGCGGAUGCCGAAGCAGAAACUACAGCAACUGAUGUCUCAUCGGUGGCCGAAGCGACUCAGCCUGUGUCACUUGGUGAUGCAGGCGCUGGUCAUGAAGACACUCAUGUCUUCACAGAGUAUGAGCUCGGUGUCUCAUACUCUCCUGAUACGGAAGACGGAUCCGUAUCAACGGCGAUCGAAUCCAAGCCGCCUGCCAAGCGUGGCAUGGAUGAUGCUAUGCGUCGUAGCAUCUUUGGUUCAUCUGAUGAAUCAGAUGAACCAUCGCCGAAGCGAAGGCGCUCGAGGUCGCGAGACUCGGGCGCUAACAGUGGUGUCGGUUCUCCUAUGGACACCACUUCGCAACGAGGUGCCAGUACUUCUGUCGGCACAUCGCAGGAAGAGCGGGAUCGCAAUGUCUUGCGUCUCGCUCCCGAAAGAAGGCAUGGCUGCCUUCAAAAUCCGUCAUGGAUCACUUGUCGGCGACGACGAGUGAUCGUUAUCGAAAACGGUUGUUCGAUAUGUCAAGGAUUCAUCACCUUGACCCCAGCGCGAAAAACUAUCGCGCUGAACAUGAAUUCUUCAUCGAUGCUUUCUUUAGACAUCGAUGGUACAGUGGGAAUCACAAGCGUGAUGGUCCCUCACUACUUCAAGCGUGGAACGCCUACAUCCAUAACCUUGAGGAUGUAG